CCUUUUGUGCAGUUCUGAGCUGCUGGUACUUAAGUGCAUUAAAACCCGUGGGAGGUGUGAGAGCAGUGUGUGUGGACGGGUGUGGGGGGUGAAUUGAUUAGCUGCUCCUUCGUUAUUGGCCAGUUUUUGGAUAACUGGCUGCGGCGCAUGAAUGCGAGGCGGUCAGAAGUCACGGGAAGGUUGCAGGGGGUCACUGCCAUUGAAAGGAUGUAGAGGGGGGAGCUGCUUCUCCUCGCCUUCCUGAGYCCUGCCAGCAUUAAUACGAGUUCAAACAAUGUGGAAAAUAGUGCUGCUUUCCGUUUUUCCCACCUGACCGCUGGGGAAACUGACCCCUUGUCUAGACACGAAGGGCGCAAACUACACGUUUCUGGAGACAUGACGAGACACGCCUCGUGKUUUUUUUUUUUGGGCUCUUUUUACGCUUCGCGUCCUGCGCCUCGGGCACCUUUCCUGCUGGYUUGCUGAGUCUUUGCAGGAAAUAUAAGCCUGUGCGACUACCUGGACUGCAUGAAAACUUUAAAUAACAACAGAAAAUAUAUAUUUUAGAGCAAUCAAACAGCACCUAAGACGCCUGGAUGAACAUUACGCACUGCUCCCUUUGUGCGUCUCCGGGCGCACGCUCGUUCACGCGGCUUUUGAUGUUUUUACAAUGUUUGUCCAGUUGUGCAACUCAUGGUGUCGCUUCAUAAAAGUUUCAAGACAGUGGUCGAGCGUGGGGGGCGGUCAGAGGGGGCUGCCCUUUCCCACCUCCAUUCACAAGCUGCUGUUCCUUCUCUCCCUCUCAUUGUGCGGCCGUUUGCUUCUCCCGCUGCUCCUGAAGGUGAAUGACCACCGGGAUAUCAACUGCGCAUUAAAGCGUUAGAAUAACUUUAUUUCCCAGCUGAGCAAAAACAACGAUUUCAACUUCGGACGUGUUUUUUUUCUACUUCUUCCGCGGACCCGAAAGAGGGAUGGAAUUACUCGAUUUGCGCCUCUUUCAAAACAACAAUGUGUGAAAUCCCUCUGCGUUUUUUGGAAGAUAAACACUCAGUUUGGCACAGCGCGAUCUGCCCCAACAAGCCGCUGACAGGAUGGACACACGCGUGUUUCCUGAUGCUCCUGAUCUGCGACUGUCUGGRGUUUUCUUUGUGCGCCACUGUGGCAGGAUCCAGAGUGGAACACGAAGGGUUCUGCCCCAACAAGCUCAACUCGAACCUUUGGGUCGAUGCGCAGAGCACCUGCGAGAGGGAAUGCAGCGUGGAUGAGGACUGUGCUGAUUUCGAGAAAUGCUGCACUAACGUGUGUGGCCUCAGCAGCUGCGUUGCCGCCCGUUUCUCCGAUGGGACCCCUGCUCAGCCGGAUGGGAAGGGCGGAGGGACCGGAGAAGAGGACCCCGCCUCUAAAGCGACCUGUGAGGGCUUCAUCUGCAGCCAGCAGGGAGCCUCCUGUGACAUCUGGGAUGGACAACUUGUCUGCAAGUGCCAGGACCGCUGUGAGAAAGAGCCAAACUUCACCUGUGCAUCAGAUGGUCUCACUUACUUCAACCGGUGCUACAUGGAUGCAGAAGCCUGCAUCCGGGGUGUGAUUCUAACUGUGAUCCCGUGCCGCUUCUACCUCGCCGGUCCCCAUACAAGUCCAGUUCCUCAGGACACAACAGCUAAUCCCACCCCGACAUCAUCUCAGGAGGAUCCCAUGCCCCCCACGCUGUACUCCAACCCCCACCACCAAUCCAUCUAUGUUGGAGGCACUGUCAACUUCCACUGUGAUGUCAUCGGCAUCCCCAGACCCGACGUCACAUGGGAGAAACAAAGUGAUCGGCGUGAACGACUAGUCAUGAAGCCUGACCAGAUGUACGGCAACGUGGUUAUAACCAACAUCGGACAGCUAGUUGUUUAUAACGCCCAGGUGUGGGAUACAGGCAUAUACACGUGCAUCGCAAGGAAUUCUGCGGGAGUCCUUCGUGCGGACUAUCCCUUGUCCGUCAUUCGCAGAGCAGAGGAUGACUUCUCCGAAGAUCCCGAGAUGCCCAUGGGGCGCCCGUUUUCCCCCGCGGACUGCCUGGCUGAAGUCGACCUGAGAGUCUGCAGCGGAGAUCGCCACGUUGACUGGUUUUACGAUAGCAAGCUAGGCUCCUGCAUGACCUACAACAACGGCGGCUGUGAYGACAGUCGCAACCGUUUUGAGACGUACGAAGAGUGCAAAGCAUCCUGCCAGAGAGAAGGGAUGGGGAUCUGCUCCCUGCCAGCAGUUCAGGGUCCCUGCAAAACCUGGGAGGCACGUUGGGCCUGGAACUCCUUAAUGAAGCAGUGCCAGGCCUUCGUUUACGGUGGAUGCCAAGGGAAUGACAACAACUUCCACACUAAAAAGGAGUGCGAGGCAAACUGUCCCCAGCCCAAACGAAGACCAUGCAGGACUUGUCGGAUGAGGGGGAAAAUGAUGCCCAGCUUGUGCCGCAGCGACUUCGCCAUCGUCGGCCGGCUGACGGAGCUUGUUGAGGAUCUGGACUCUGGCUUGGCUCGCUUUAGCUUGGAAGAAGUCCUGAGGGACGAAAAGAUGGGCCUGACUUUCUUCAGUACCAAACACCUGGAGGUGACCAUCACCAAGAUUGACUGGAGCUGUCCCUGCCCUAACAUCACCAUAGAGGAAAACCCCCUGUUGGUGAUGGGAAUGGUGCAGGAUGGUAUGGCCUUCAUCCAGUCAGACAGCUACGUCAAAGCCAUAACUGAACGCAGGCUCAAAAASCUACGUGAAGCUAUAAAUAAAAAGUCGUGUGAGGCAUCAUAAAAGUCUCCAAACUGGCACAAAGAAGCAGAUGUUAAACAUUAAGAGAUGCAUUCUUAAAAACAGCAUUUUAAUAAAGUUCUGAGAUUAUUUAUAUGUAUUCAUUCAUGCUUAAGUUUUAUUACAUCCCAGAUGUGUUAACUCAUUUAUAACCACUGUUGAAAAUAUUUUACUAACUUUAAAUAUCCAUGUUUUUUUACUGUAUGCAUUAUGGAAAAUAAGAUAACAGAUAAACAAGUUGAUCAUGUUACAUUUUUUUCUUGUGAUACUUAAAACAGGCACCUGCAGUUUAUAAUCUGUAGUUUAUUUUAUUGUUUUUUUAAUAGAUAUUGGUGUCUGAAACAAAUAUUUAUGUUUUAUGUAUUGUAUAAUUUUGUAAUGACCCUUUGAAAGCACUUCUGUUGAUUUACUGACAUAAAAAUAUCUAAAAUAAAAUAAAACAUUGUUUCAAUAAAGUA